GUAGCAAACGUCAAGUUACAGCGCAAGUGGCUCUAUGAUUCAAAGAGGUUAAGAGGGCUGCUUGAUAGAAAUGGCAGCGAUAAAAGGCCUGGGUAGAAAUAUACCCUAUCUGAGGCAACAAUUCGCUGCCCUAUUAGGAAAUACAAGUACAAGCGUGAAAUUCAUAUGCAUCGUAGUUUUGUUUUCUUAUUGCCUUUCGUUUUCCGCGGAAGCAGUACGUGUUUUGAGUGUAACACCAGGUUACUUAUUGCCUCCAGUAUUUUGGAUAUGGACAGCAUUUACCUUCUGUUUUCUCGAGAUACACUUCUGGGAAGUAUGCGUGGACAUUGUUACAGUAGGGCUGUGCGGUAAAUUGAUUGAACCUCUGUGGGGUGCAAUGGAAAUGAUGACUUUCUUCGCUAUUGUUAAUUUUGGCGUCGCUGUUUUGUCAGCUUUAUUUUAUUUAUUUUUGUAUAUGUGUACCAGUGAUCCAGAUUUAUUAUUUGAUAUACACAUCCAUGGACUGACUGGAUACAUUGCAGGUGUUGCUGUAGCCGUAAAACAAAUAAUGCCAGAUCAUAUUUUACUUAAAACACCAAUUGGAAAAUUUACAAAUAGGAAUAUACCAUUAAUGGUCUGGGUUAUGGGAGUGAUAUUAUGGCUUUUUGGAUUAUUAGAAGGUACUAAUCCUACUAUGUUUCUCAGUGGCUUACUGAUAUCAUGGGUAUACCUAAGAUUUUAUCAGAAACAUAAUAAUGGUACACGUGGCGAUAUGGCUGACAAUUUUACUUUUGCAAGUUUCUUCCCAAAUGUUUUACAACCACCAAUAGCAGUUGUGAGUAACACAAUACAUAGCUUUUUUGUACGCAUUGGAAUUUGCAGAAAAGUAGUUAGGAGAUUUGAUAUGUCAAAUGCUCCACCUGGUCUGAUUAUAAAUCUUCCUGGUAUUGAUCCCCAUGAUAGUGAAAGGAGGAGGCAAAUAGCAUUAAAAGCUUUAAGUGAAAGGUUGAGUAAGGAUCAUACAAAACCGUGGCAGCAAGAUCGAGCUAAGAAACAUUCUCCAGUUCCUCCUGCAGUUUCAAUUCCAAUUCCCGAAUCUACUACUCCUAAACCGCUUGCGUCCCCUCUCAUUCCACAAGUUAGUGUUAACAUACAUAAUCAUACCUCUACUAACACGUGAUUGCAUCAGACAGACUGAUUUUACAAAGUAAAUGUAUAAAUACGUUAAGAAACUUCUAAAGAAAAUGUUGGUAAUGUAACAGCCGUAUUAGUAAUACAGCAAUAUUUAAUUGGGAAGAAAUUUUCAAUUGUAUAUAUGUAAAAUGUGACUGAGAUCAUUCGGAAAAUUGUUUUAAAAGAAAGAGACUUAUCUUUAAAAUACAUUGAGAAAGUCCAAAUUUGUUAAUUAUUACUCGAUAAAUCCAAAGAACAAAGUGUAAUACUUAAGUGGUGCCUUGGUAUUCAUAGCUUUUAAUGUAUCCACCAUGUAUCCAUCAUUGAGAGCCAAUCCUUAAAAGUAUAAACAUCGAGUUAAUUUGUUCUUUGGUAUUAUCAAAAAACUAAGUAAAUAAGUAAAAAGUUUAUUUGUUGUAACUGUGCGAUAGUUUAAGAUCAGCUAAGAUCAGAUUUAAUAAAAAUUUUAUAAUUAGAUAAAGAAUAAAUUUUUGUUAAUUUUUUUUAUCCCAAUUAUGAUAUAUUAAUAAUGGUACUACAUGCAUUCUUUAGAAGCUUCUUAAACAAUAUAAAAGAGAUGACAGAAUCGAUCUUUUUACUUUGUGAUGCUAUUUUCCAAGAAAAUCGUGUUCUUUGUUACUAAGAGCUAUAAAUGCUAUGUAAUAGAAUACCAUCAAUCAAUAAUAUAUAAUUUAAAUGUUUUUAAUAAAGAUCCUGAAGGUUCUGUAAUGUUGCAUUUAUGCAACAUUGUUCCGUCUUUAAUAUUGUUUAGUGAUAACUGGAAGAGAAAAAUGCAUUACUAAUAUUAAUGAACGAAAAAUAGACUGGCUUCCAGUACAAUAUUGUAAAAAAAUUUUAUUAGUAACAGAUUCAAAUUUAAAAUUAAUACGUUCUAGAAAAUAUUUUUUACCA